CCCCCCAAAUGGCUUUUCUCUUAUUGUGUCCCUCGCAAUUUCAUGAUUUCCCUUCCCCCUAACGCUUAUAAAAUUUCCAUUUCUAUUCACAUUUUUGGCACUCGUCUCUUUCCUGACACCAACAAAAAAGAAAAAGAAAAAGAAACGACAAACAUGGUGAAACCUUCGUCACCGGUUUCUUCACUCUCUGCACCUUCUCUUCCGAGAAAAGCCCGUCUCUCUCCUUACCUCUUGACGCUUCUAAUGUUCAUACUGUUCGUCGCCGUCCUCUAUGGCGAAGAUUUCAUGUGUAUCUUCGGCCAGCUCGAGCCCCGCCUCCCCCGGCCGCUCUCCCGAACCACCGAGGGGAAGGAGAAGAAGUAUCCGUUUGCAGUGGGAAAAACGCCGGAAGGGUGUGACGUAUUCAGCGGGAGAUGGGUUCGGGACGAGACGAGCAGACCUCCGUACGAGGAAUGGGAGUGUCCGUACAUCCAGCCACAGCUGACGUGUCAGGAACACGGCCGUCCGGACAAGGACUAUCAGUUCUGGCGGUGGCAGCCACACGGCUGCGAUCUCCCCUCAUUCAACGCUACGAUGAUGCUGGAGACGUUGAGAGGGAAGAGGAUGAUGUACGUAGGCGACUCGUUGAACAGAGGAAUGUACGUUUCAAUGGUCUGCCUUCUUCAUCGGCUCAUCCCCGACGACCAGAAAUCCAUGGAAACCUUUGACUCCCUCACUGUCUUCACCGCCAAGGAGUACAAUGCAACGAUAGAAUUCUACUGGGCACCUUUUCUCCUGGAAUCGAAUUCAGACGACGCGAUUGUCCACAGAAUCUCAGACAGGAUCGUGAGGAAAGGAUCGAUAAACAAGCACGGAAAACACUGGAAGGGCGUGGACAUCAUCGUGUUCAACACCUACCUCUGGUGGAUGACCGGCUUGAAGAUGAAGAUCCUGCAAGGGUCGUUCGACGAUGAAGAGAAGGUGAUAGCAGAGGUCCCGACGGAAGAUGCAUACAGGAUGGCGAUGAAGAGUAUGUUGAGAUGGGUGAAGAGGAACAUGGAUCGUAAGAAAACUAGGGUUUUCUUCACCAGCAUGUCUCCCACUCAUGCCAAGAGCAUAGACUGGGCAGGGGAACCGGGCAAGAACUGCUACAACGAGACAACGCUGAUAGAAGAUCCAAACUACUGGGGAUCAGACUGUCGGAGAAGCAUAAUGGAAGUGAUCGGAGAAGUGUUGGGAAAAUCCAAGAUUCCGGUGAGUUUCCUGAACAUAACGCAGCUUUCGAGCUAUCGGAAAGACGCUCACACGUCGAUAUACAAGAAGCAGUGGAGUCCAUUGACGAAGGAGCAGCUGGCCAAUCCAGUGAGCUACGCAGAUUGCGUGCACUGGUGUCUCCCUGGUCUCCAAGAUACUUGGAACGAGCUUCUCUUCGCCAAGCUCUUUUACCCUUAGACAACAACAACAAAGAAAAAAAAAACUAUGUAUUUUGUGGGGUUUUAGGGCAGAUGUAAAGUGUGUUUUAUUCGUGGAAGUCAUUGAAUUGAUUCGUUUCCAAUUUGUGUUUCAUC